AUUUGUAUUUGAUGUUAUUAAUCAAAAAUGACUAGACUAACCAUCCCCACCUAACCUAAUCAGAGGUUUAAGAAUAUACAUUUUAGUCAUCUGCGACUGUAAUCAUUCAUUAUGCAGUAAUAAGUUCAAAACUAGAAUAGAUGCCCAAAUGUCGUACCGCAAAUUUUAGAAGCAUCGUACGACUGGCAGCACAGCUGGUAAGCUGACCUGGCCGCCAUUCCCCAGUCAAAUAGGUCAGUACAUCUCUAGCUCUCCCAGCCAGCACAAGCAGCCAACAUCGCUCCUGGACAUUUCACCAGACCUCUGUAUUAUUCAACAACAAUACGCAACCAUGGAAACUUGUCCUUUCUGCAAUAAGCCAAAGCAGGGGAAAUUGCACUUGUGCGAAGUAAGGUGCAUAGAAUGUCGUAUUUCAUAUACAGCCAACUCGCGUCGUGAGUGUGUGUUAUGCUGUCCCCAGUGCGUUAAUAUCCCUCGUGGACAUUAUGAUGCAGUCUGCACCUCGUGCUCCAAAAUCUUCUGCACCAGUCGUCGCGACCCCGAAACCUGUCCAUUUUGCAUGAACCUGGAUGUUGAUGACGAUACAGAGUCUGACACCAGAUACGAUUCUGAAACCUCAGAAGCUUCAUCACCUCAGAGCGAAAGAUCAUCUGUUGAACAGUUGGAUGAGGAAUAUCCUCGUGGAGGAGGGAAUGAGGCUGGAGAACCUAGCACUAGUCAAGCUCGUACACCGCCAUUAGAAGAUAGUAACAAUAGCAGGCCAAGUCUAGAUCGUAGCCAUCUAGAGGAUGAGGACUCCCUGCAUUUGGUUUGGGAAGCUGAUUCAGAUGUGGAAGCCAGCCAGCCUAUCGCUAAUUCUCCACCACCACCUCAGGAACAGCAGCAGCAGGUAGAUGAUUUGCUUCCUCCUCAACCCGAAGUUCUAGAAGUGAUCAAUAAUUUCAAUGGGGGGUACAUACGCCAUUCUUAUAGCAUCCCAGAUCAUGCCCAAGGAGAUCCUGCCCAUUAUUUGACUAUAUAUCGUGAUUAUUUUAUUCGGCAAAUAGAAUCCUUGUUUGAUGCCGUUCACCCCAAUUUCCCUCCUGCCCUCUUGAUAUAUCCUGAUUUUACAUUCAAUUUACAACGGCUAAAUCAAGAAAAUGAACCUGAUUUUGAGGGAGAGUUACCUAUAAGGGCCGAGCAACGCACUGUAUCUAGGCAUGAGGCUAGUGUUGUCGUAGAUCAAUGGAUUGCUGAACUGGACAAUAAGUUAGAAGAGUUCUUUGCCGAGACAGAAGGUUCGAGUCUAGGUAUACAGAGCAUUUCUGGUUUUUAUAUCAAUUCCAUAGCAGUUCAGCACCCUAUCCGUCUAGGAGAAUACGUGCCUUAUCCAGAUAAAUUGCGUGGUUCGAGACAUGUUUUCAACCCUAAAGGGGAGCAAAAUAUAUGUUUGAUCCAAUGUUUAGCAGCAUAUAAAUGUCUUGCUCGGGGGAUGGACUUACGCAACAUUGGCAGGCGUUCCAAAUCAGCCAGGUGGUGUCUUAGAUUCGUCCGUUGGAGUGAGGAUAUUGAAAUUCCCAUAACGUAUGAUAACAUUAAUAAAAUAGAAAGUAUAAAUAAAUUAAGUAUUUUUAUCUAUGUGCUCACUCGUGAAGAAAAUAGAUACUACAUUAGCUUAGCUAGAAAAGGCAGGGAACAUUCUGCACCUAAAGUACCUUUGCUCAUGCUGGAGGAUCAGCAUCUUGUACUCAUUAAAGAUUUCAAUCAAUAUGUUCGCAACAUGCGCGGUAAUGCAAAUAAUAUUCCUAACAAUCAUAUUUUUUGUCACUCGUGUUUAAUUCAUUUGUCACCUGAUGCUAUGCGGGAUCAUGAAGAGUCAUGCGAAGUUAAACAAACAUUGAAAUUUUACCCCGAAGGUCAUAAAAUCAAGUUCAAAAAUUACGGUCGUGCUUAUGGACCUUCUCACACGGCAUAUUAUGAUUUCGAGUGCUUGUUAGACCCCUCCAAUCCCCAUGGUAUGAUCGAGAAGCGUCACAAAGCCGUGGCAUAUGCUUUCAUCAUCAUCAACAGGGAAUUGGAGGUUGUAGAGAAAUUAACGUAUAUGGGGGAUGAUCCUGUGAAUCAUUUCAUAGAUACUUUGGAGAAAGCAUGGAAGAGAAUCAAAUCUACCAUGCCUACAUACAAAAUAUCUAUGGCACGUGAACAUUGGCAAGCCUAUAGACUUCAAACCACAUGUGAAAUGUGUUAUAGUCCAUUCAAAUCAGCUAUGGACAAGCACCGUCAUCAUGAUCAUGCUAUAGAAUUUAAUAAUUAUCUUGCAGCCUAUUGCCGCAGGUAUGGAUUUAAGUUCAUGAAAGUAGAUAUCGGUAAACUUCGGUUUAUGGAUAGUCUGGCUUUACUAAAUGGUGGGCUUGAAAAACUAGCUAAAGAACAUAUCAAGGAAGGUAAACCUACCACUUUCACCUCAGUUAUGCUAGAUGACGUCCCUGUAGCUGCCCACCAUUUAUUAAAGACAGGCAAACAGGUCUUCUGCUAUGACUACAUUUCAUCUUUGGAGAAAUUAAAUGAACCGGCUCUUCCUCCUCCCGAAGCCUUUUUCAAUAGUUUAAAACACGAGACCAUAAGCGAGACCGAUUAUACACAGGCUAAAGAAGUCUUUAGAUUAGCGGAAUGCAAGACCAUUGGGGAUUAUUUAAAGGUCUAUUUGAAACUCCGCAACUUCCAGAAAACAGCUGUUGAAUUGAAGGAUUCAAAAGGGAAGACCAGACGAAUGUCACUGGCCAAAGGAAAAGGAAAACUAACUGACAGCACCAUUCUGAAGUUGGCAGGUUACUUCACAAAAGCCAUCAGGAAUAACAUCGACACUGACUGGAAACAAAUGAGGGAUGCCUGCCUGUCCGGACUGUUCCAUGCACGUCCACUGAUGAAAAGCCAGUGCACGUGCACUGCCCUAAAGAAGAUCUACUACAAUCUUGUAUCGGAGGACAACGUGACCAAGUGCCUGAAGGGGAAGACUCAGAAUCCAAACGAGUCUCUACACCACCGAGUUUGGAAACUCGCCUCCAAAGACAAAUAUGUUGGUCGUGUAAUGGUUGACUUGGCCAUGGCAGUGACAACCGUCAACUACAACGCUGGGUAUAUGAUGGGAUCUCAGGCCAACCUCCUUGGUCUACCACAGAAUGACAUGACCGACUGGCACUUCAACAUGAAGGACAAGAUGAUGCAGAACCAUACGAGACGCACCACCAAGCCAAGAAAAGCUCCUGAGGAAGCUGACCCCGGCUAUGGGGCAGGUGCCUACUAG